AUGGCGGAAGAGGUGAGCACCCUGAAGAAGGCCACGGUCCGGAUGCGGCAGCCCGGGCGGGUGCUGGAGAUCGUGGGCGCGCUCCGCAGGGGCGGGGGCGAGCGGCUGCAGGUGAUUUCUGAUUUUGACAUGACCUUGAGCAGGUUUUCAUAUAAUGGAAAGCGAUGCCCUUCUUCUUACAAUAUUCUGGAUAACAGCAAGAUCAUCAGUGAGGAGUGUCGGAAAGAGCUCACGGCGCUGUAUCACCACUACUACCCAAUUGAGAUUGACCCACACCGAUCCAUCAAAGAGAAGUUGCCUCAUAUGGUAGAAUGGUGGACCAAAGCGCACAACCUCCUGUGUCAGCAGAGGAUUCAGAAGCGUCAGAUAGCGCAGGUGGUCGGGGAGUCCACCGCCAUGCUCAGGGAGGGGUAUAAGACAUUCUUCAACAUACUCUAUCGUAACAACAUUCCGCUGUUCAUCUUUUCUGCGGGCAUUGGUGAUAUCCUGGAAGAAAUUAUCCGACAGAUGGAAGUGUUUCACCCCAAUAUCCACAUUGUGUCUAACUACAUGGAUUUUAAUGAAGAGGGUUUUCUACAGGGAUUCAAGGGCCAGCUCAUACACACCUACAAUAAGAACAGUUCCGCGUGUCAGAACUCCAGUUACUUCCAGCAGCUUCAGGGCAAGACCAACAUCCUCCUGCUUGGAGACUCCAUGGGGGACCUCACUAUGGCCGAUGGGGUUCCUGGAGUGGAGAACAUUCUCAAGAUUGGCUUCCUAAACGACAAGGUGGAGGAGCAGCGGCAGCGCUACCUGGAGUCCUAUGACAUCGUGCUGGAGAAGGACGAGUCCCUGGAUGUGGUGAACGGGCUGCUGCAGCACAUCCUGUCCCAGGGGGACCUCAUGGAGAUGCAAGACUCCUGAGGGCCUGAGGGCACAGUGUCAGUCCAGGCCUUGCCGAUCACAAUGAGGAGGGGACCUCUCCUCAGGAGACCUCUCUGCUGUGAGCAUAGAGAAAAGUCCUGGGCAGCCAGGAGCCACUGGACAUGUCCUUGCCCACCUCCUCUUUCCCCCAAUGCCUUCACUUGCCUCUUCAACAGAGGCUUGCAGGAGGCCCUGUUGGGUAGGAGGGCAGCAAUCAGGGUUCCAAAUGAACCAUGGGCCACAGCAUGUUAAUAUUCUAUGGAUCAUCUAGUCCAAGGAUUUUUUAAAAAACUUGUUUUUGUCAAGGUGGUAUAUACCUGCAAUCCCAGAGGCUCAGGGAGGCUGAGACA